AUGAAAGUGCAUGCCGGGGAAAAGCCUCACCUCUGCACCGACUGUGGGAAACUAUUCCAGUCGUUACAAGCGUUUGAAAGACACCAGCAGAAACAUGCUGGAAAGAUGCUUCACCAAUGCUCAGACUGUGGUAAAGGUUUUACCAGAGCCUAUCACUUGAGAAGACACCAGCAUACACAUAAAGAGAAGUCUAAUCACUGCUCUGAUUGUGGUAAGAGCUUCACUCGAUUGGAACAUCUAAAAAGACACCAGCGGAAACACAAGGAAAAGACACGUUACCACUGCUCUAUGUGUGAGGAGAAGUUCUCUACACAGGCAAUGUUAAAUAGUCACCUGCAGGUACAUGUUGGAGAGCUACCUCACCAUUGCUCUGACUGUGGAAAGGCGUUCUCAGACAAAAGACAAUUUGAGAUCCACCAGAAAAGACAUCAGCGAAAAACUGUGAAAAAGAGUUCUUACCUUUGCAGUGACUGUGGAAUGACUUUCAACAAGCCAAGCGCAUUUAAGGUGCACCAGAGAUCUCACACAGGAGAAAAACCAUACAGCUGCUCAGAGUGUGGGAAGAGUUUCGUCCAGUCCACCACACUCCGGAUCCACCUCCAGUGGCACGCUGGGGCGAGGGCCAGCUACUCCUGCCCUGUCUGUGGGAAGACUUUCUCUCGCUCUAACAGUGUGAAGAGACACCAGAUGGUUCACACAGGAGAGAGACCUCAUGAGUGUCCCUGCUGUGGGAAACGCUGCUUCCGAAGGAGUGCUUUGAUCAUACAUAUGAGGAGUCACACUGGAGAGAAACCAUACAUUUGUUCUGAGUGUGGGAAGAGGUUCUCCCAAGAUGGCGACCGGAAACGGCACCAGAUAAGACACCACCCUGACCUCUGA